UAACAGCGGGAACAUGAAGCCGCCACUCUUGGUGUUUAUUGUGUAUCUGCUAUGGUUGAAAGACAGUCACUGCGCACCCAAUUGGAAGGACAAAACUGCUAUCAGUGAAAACCUGAAGAGUUUUUCUGAGGUGGGGGAGAUAGAUGCAGAUGAAGAGGUGAAGAAGGCUUUGACUGGUAUUAAGCAAAUGAAAAUCAUGAUGGAAAGAAAAGAGAAGGAACACACCAAUCUAAUGAGCACCCUGAAGAAAUGCAGAGAAGAAAAGCAGGAGGCCCUGAAACUUCUGAAUGAAGUUCAAGAACAUCUGAAGGAAGAAGAAAGGCUAUGCCGGGUGUCUUUGGCAGAUUCCUGGGGUGAAUGCAGGUCUUGCCUGGAAAAUAACUGCAUGAGAAUUUAUACAACCUGCCAACCUAGCUGGUCCUCUGUGAAAAAUAAGAUUGAACGGUUUUUCAGGAAGAUAUAUCAAUUUCUAUUUCCUUUCCAUGAAGAUAAUGAAAAAGAUCUCCCCAUCAGUGAAAAGCUCAUUGAGGAAGAUGCACAAUUGACCCAAAUGGAGGAUGUGUUCAGCCAGUUGACUGUGGAUGUGAAUUCUCUCUUUAACAGGAGUUUUAACGUCUUCAGACAGAUGCAGCAAGAGUUUGACCAGACUUUUCAAUCACAUUUCAUAUCAGAUACAGACCUAACUGAGCCUUACUUUUUUCCAGCUUUCUCUAAAGAGCCGAUGACAAAAGCAGAUCUUGAGCAAUGUUGGGACAUUCCCAACUUCUUCCAGCUGUUUUGUAAUUUCAGUGUCUCUAUUUAUGAAAGUGUCAGUGAAACAAUUACUAAGACGCUGAAGGCAAUAGAAGAUUUACCAAAACAAGACAAAGCCCCUGACCACGGAGGCCUGAUUUCAAAGAUGUUACCUGGGCAGGACAGAGGACUGUGUGGGGAACUUGACCAGAAUUUGUCAAGAUGUUUCAAAUUUCAUGAAAAAUGCCAAAAAUGUCAGGCUCGCCUAUCUGAAGACUGUCCUGAUGUACCUGCUCUGCACACAGAAUUAGACGAGGCGAUCAGGUUGGUCAAUGUAUCCAAUCAGCAGUAUGGCCAGAUUCUCCAGAUGACCCGGAAGCACUUGGAGGACACCGCCCAUCUGGUGGAGAAGAUGAGAGGGCAAUUUGGCUGGGUGUCUGAACUGGCAAACCAGACCCCAGAAACAGAGAUCAUCUUUAAUUCAAUACAGGUAGUUCCAAGGAUUCAUGAAGGAAAUAUUUCCAAACAAGAUGAAACAAUGAUGACAGACUUAAGCAUUCCGCCUUCCUCUAAUUUCACACUCAAGAUCCCUCUUGAAGAAAGUGCUGAGAGUUCUAACUUCAUUGGCUACGUAGUGGCAAAAGCUCUACAGCAUUUUAAGGAACAUUUUAAAACCUGGUAAGCAGAGUGCCUGGUUAGGAAUGCCUUGUUGACAGGAAUAGUUAAUUCUCAAAAGGGAAAAACAAAACUUGUUUCAAAA